GCAUUAUUACAAAUUUACAAUGCGAAAUCCAAAACAAAUACAAACACACCUCCUGUUUUCUCUCUAAUCUCGCCUUUUAAAAUUUUUCUCUCUCAUUAACAAAGCAUCGCUCAGCGAACAAGCUCAUCCAUGAAGAAGCCGUGGUUGGAGACGCAGAGACAGUAGAAAGAACCAAGCUAAGAGCACCUUUCUCAAAUGCACGCAUAUAACCGCAUCUCAAGCAGCGGCCACAGCACACCUUCCCCUCCUUCCAGUCCGCUCCGGUCGCCGCGACUCCGACGGGCGAAGACUGGAAAGUUCGCCCCGGGCCAUCCGCCCGGAGGCAGCGCCGCAACCCUUGCCCACCGUCUUGCUUGGCUUCUUCUCUCCGUUCUUCUCCGGCGCCAAGGCAUCUUCCUCUUCGCCCCUCUUUUAUAUAUCUCCGGUAUGCUUCUCUACAUGGGCACAGUAUCGUUCGAUAUUGUUCCGACUAUUAGUCAUCGUCCGGCUCCUGGCUCGGUGUAUCGAAGCCCCCAAGUUUAUGAGAAGCUCCGCCCUGAGAUGGAUGCAGACAAUUCCACUGCUGAUGCGAUAUUGACAGUAUGGAAAAAUGCUUAUAGAGCUGGUGAGUGGAGACCAUGUGUGAACAGGUCAUCAGGAGUCAUACCCGAAUCAAAUGGUUACCUAUUUAUUGAGGCGAAUGGUGGGCUGAAUCAGCAGAGGACGUCGAUAUGCAAUGCAGUUGCUGUGGCAGGCUAUCUUAAUGCAACUCUUGUAAUCCCUAAUUUUCACUUUCAUAGCAUAUGGAGAGAUCCUAGCAAGUUCAGUGACAUCUAUGAUGAAGAUUAUUUUAUCACCACUUUGGAAAAUGAUGUACGGGUGGUUAACAAGGUUCCUGGAUACCUAAUGGAACGUUUUGAUCACAACUUGACCAAUGUUUUCAACUUCAGAGUCAAAGCUUGGUCAACCAUUCAGUUUUACAGGGAUGCUGUCCUCCCGAAGCUGCUAGAAGAGAAGGUCAUAAGAAUUUCUCCUUUUGCAAACCGGUUGUCUUUUGAUGCUCCUCCAGCAGUACAGCGACUUAGAUGCUUGGCCAACUAUGAAGCGCUGAGGUUUUCAACUCCAAUAUCAUCUCUAGGAGAAUCUUUAGUUUCCAGAAUGAAAGAACGAAGUGCAAAAAAUGGUGGCAAAUACAUUUCUGUUCAUCUUCGCUUUGAGGAGGAUAUGGUUGCUUUCUCUUGCUGUGUAUUUGAUGGUGGAGAACAAGAGAAAGAAGACAUGAAAGCAGCGAGGGAAAGAGGUUGGAAAGGAAAAUUUACAAAACCGGGCCGGGUGAUACGCCCUGGAUCUAUCAGGACUAAUGGGAAAUGCCCCCUUACUCCUUUAGAGGUUGGUUUAAUGCUUAGGGGGAUGGGCUUUGGUAAGAAGACAUAUAUCUAUUUGGCCUCGGGAAAGAUAUACAAUGCUGAAAAAAAUAUGGCCCCACUAUUGGAGAUGUUUCCUCAUUUGGAAACAAAGGAAACUUUGGCAUCUGACGAUGAACUUGCUCCAUUCAAGAACUUCUCCUCAAGGAUGGCUGCUAUAGACUAUACCGUUUGUCUUCACAGUGAGGUGUUUGUGACUACUCAAGGUGGAAACUUCCCCCAUUUUCUAUUGGGCCAUAGGAGACACUUGUUUGGUGGACACUCAAAGACCAUCAGGCCAGACAAGCGAAAGUUAGCCUUGCUCUUUGACAAUCCAAACAUCGGAUGGAAGAACUUCAAGCGGCAUAUGCUGAGCAUACGGUCUCAUAGUGAUAGCAAGGGAUUUGAGGUGAAAAGACCAAAUGACUCAAUAUACUCUUUUCCUUGUCCAGACUGCAUGUGUCGUAUUAAUGGAACAGAAGCUUCAAAAUCAUCUUCAGCUAAGUGAUUUGAUAAGAAGAUUUUGAGGCGAUUUUGCAUGUGAUUUUGUGAGCUCAUCAUGCUGCUGACCCCAUUUUCAUGCGUUGUAAUUCUUUCAUUUUUUCCCCUUUCCAUAUGUUGAGGGGGUGUAUAAUUCAAUUUUGGGAUCCUGAUUUUGUUGGAGGGGACAUCGAGCUGAUUACUUCCCGUAUGAUUGGAUUGCUGGGGAUACACUUCUUUUUGUAUAUGAUGCCAGAGAACACGGAAACAACAUUCUUUCGGUCGCAAGAAUUACUGGACACUGACUGACUGAGCGGGCUGCUGUAUCGAACAGGCCAUCAGAUGACACACCAAUACACCAUAUUCUUGUGCAGGGUUUUGCCCUAUUUGUAAAUUCCUAUGGACUUCAAUCCAAGUGUUAAACUAUAAACAGCAUGAUUUUUACACAAUAGAAAUCAGAGUAAAUUAUUCUUUCUGGAUAAUUUUCCAGUC